AAGCAAAGAACUGAAUCUCAUAUAUUUAAAAGAAUACACACUUGAUUUGCGUAGAAAUCAAACCCAGUACUGUGUUCCUCACUUUCCCAUUAAUUGUUUGCAAUUGACCUCAGCUUCUCACGAUGGUUUAUUUCACAUUAGUAGAUGAAGAGCAUCUCUAAACAUUUCACUAAGAUCCUCUUCCUCUCUUUGUUUUCUGGUCUGAGAAAUCAAAGAAGAGGAAACAGGUUACUGGUUCAGAUCCUUUUCAACCUGAGAAGCUUCUUAUUUGAAAUGGGUCAGGUCCUAUCCAACCUCAUAAGCAUCGUAUUUGGAAGAAAACAGAGAGUAGAGACAAGUGAUGAAGAGAAUGUAUACCACGCACUUGAUGAUCACUAUGAAGAGGUUAAGCCAAUUCAUCCUACCUCUGGUUAUGGAAAGACCAGAGUUUCAGAAGAAGAUGAAGGGUCAGUAGUUAUUGUUAUAACUGAUGCUGAUCAGGUCAGAGAAGAUGCAGCAGAGCCAUUUCCUCUCGUCUCUGGUGACCCAGAGACCAGGUUAUCAGAAGAUGAAAGGGUAAUAACUAUCAUUGUUGGCAAUGGAGUUGAGGCUGUAGAAAAGAUUAAACCUGUAACUGAUGCUGAGGUCAGAGUAGAUGCAGAACCAUUUCCUCUUCUCUUUGUUGACCCUAAGACCAGGGUUUCAGAAGAUGAAAGAGCCAGAGAAGAUGUAGACCCAUAUCUUCUUGUCGCUGUUGACUCAAAGCCCAGGAUUUCAGAAGAUGAAAAGGUCAGAGAAGAUGCAGCAGAGCCAUUUCCUCUUGUCUCUGGGUCACCAGAGACCAGGGUAUCAGAAGAUGAAAGGGUAAUAACUAUCAUUGUUGAUAGUGGGGUUGAGCUUGAGGCUGCAGAAAAGAUUAAACCUACCCUUGAUGUCUCUACUGGUGAUAAGAUCACAGUUCCAAAAGACGGUUCAAGAGCAAAGAGAAGGAAAAGAAGAGCCAAGCGAAAGCCCAGGGUUUCAGAAGAUGAAAAGGUCAGGGAAGAUGUAGCAGACCCAUUUCCUCCUGCCUCUGUUUACCGACAUCAGACCAAGGUCUCUGAAGAUGAAAGGGGGGUUAGCAUUGUUGAUAAUGGUGUUGAGGUAGUAGAAAAGAUUGAACAUAUUAUUCAUAUCUCUACUGGCGACAGGAUCACAGUUUCCAAAGAUGAUUUACAAGAAGAAAGAAGGAUAAAACACUAUUCCUGUUCUCACAAGAUACUACUUGUUGGGGAGGGAGACUUCUCUUUCUCUGCUUGUCUAGCCAAGGCUUUUGGUUCUGCUAAUAACAUGGUUGCUACUUCUCUCGAUUCAGAAGGUUUUUUAAAGAAAAACUACCGGAAGGCCAUGUCUAACAUCAAUGAUUUGAAGAGUAGAGGAUGUAUGGUUCUUCAUGGAGUGGAUGCAACAACUAUGUCAAGCCAUGAGUUCCUCAAGGACAUGAGAUUUGAUCGGAUUGUCUUCAACUUCCCCUAUGCUGGUUGGUUCAAGAAAAAAUCGCGGGAGAACCAAAUCAGGUUCGAAUCAGGAAACAACCUCUUUUGCAAAGCGAGGAUAAGUCUUCAUACAUAUGCCCCUCCUAGACCCUGCAGUAAAGAGAUCCUCGUGCAGUACUGCUACACUUUUGGAUAGGACUCAUAAUGAUUUUUUUUUAUGGCUUUGAAUCAUUUAUUUGGUUAUUUACACAGAGAGAGAGAGAGAGAGAGAGAGAGAGAGAGAGAGAGAGAGAGAGUUUCAUAAUGGGUUCACGUAUGCAUUCCAGUGCUUUGUUUGGUAUGCAUCCUCAGAAUAGAUUCUAAGUUUAGAACGCAUUAUGUAAUGAGAAAAUAGAGAAGAAUUGGGUUUCAUAAUGCGUUCUAAACUCAAAAUUUAUUCUGAUAAUGUAUAUUAAACAUGUCCUAAGAUUCUGAAAAACACAAGCCAGUUUUCAUUUUUCAUGCAUGGGUUGUUGAUUUAUCCUCCAACUUUGGUGUAUAUAUCAACUUCUCUGAGUAUGGAAUUGGAUGUUGAUAAAAAAAAUGUUUGUUAUUCCCAUCAUUGCUAUCAAUUUCAAUUGAUUCAAACAUAAAACUGAAUAGAUUCUCAAUGCAUGUUCUGAAUUCUUAAGAUCCAAACUUGGCCUUACCAGAUUGAUUGGCUAUUUGGCCCUGAUUUAGAUUGCAACCAGCAGUUGUCUUUAACUAAGAGUUCCUAUUAGUUAUAUUAUUAUAUAUACAGCACACACCUCUUUCCAUUGCAUUUUGGAUGAGGGGUCGUCUCAUCAAGGCAUGCAGUCUCAUUGAUCGAACAUAAUACAAUUAGAGAGCAACCCGUGCAUAAGGCUCCCGCUAGUGCAGGGUCUGGAAGGGGCAAAUCUACGCAGUCUCACCUGAUGAAUUUAUCGGACCUAGUAUGAAACAUAUCCAAUUUUCUAGCUCAGUUACAAAUGCUGGAUUUUUUUUUUCUUUUUGGUUUUUUUGUAGCU